AGGUGCAUAUAUAUUAUUUGCCAGAAAAAAAUAGAUGAACUUUAUCUUCUAGGAGUAGAUUUUCCAGAAAUAAAUUGAGUGAAGUCUUCUUAUAUCAGUUUUUCCCGAGAAAAUGAAAAAUUGUCUGGAAGAUCGUUUUAAUUUGACUUUAGAUAUGUGGAACAGAAUGGCUUGCAGUGCAGGGACAUAGAGCACUAUCCCCUGGUCCGUAGGACUUGAUUCAUCUUAUUGCCACAAUACCAGAUCUUUGACUACAAACCCACAGCCACAGUACAAUCAAAAGAAAACUUGUCCUCAUGUCAGUUUUGGAGGACAAACCAUCGCCUUCUUCGUUGUCGUCGAUACAGGGCAGAGAGAUUGAUCCUUUGUUAAAGGACUUGAAUGAGAAGAAGCAGAGCUUCCGGCGAAACGUGGUGUCGUUGGCAGCAGAGUUGAAGGAGGUUCGGGCCCGCUUAGCGUCUCAGGAGCAAUCAUAUGCUAAGGAAUCCCUAACAAGACAGGAAGCUGAGACAAAAGCUAAGAACAUGGAGGAAGAAAUUGGUACUUUGCAGAAGACAUUGGAAGAGAAGAAUGCAAAGCUUCAGGCUUCGGCAUCUACUGCCGAGAAGUACCUCAAGGAGUUGGAUGGUCUUAGAUCACAGCUUUCAGCCACUCAAGCAAUUGUAGAUUCAAGUGCUGCGUCAGCUCGAUCAGCAGAGCUGCAGUGUUUAGCCCUUGUAAAGGAAUUAGAGGAGAAGAGCAGUUCACUAAAAGAGCAUGAGGAUCGGGUAGUUAGAUUAGGAGAGCAAUUAGAUAAUCUGCAGAGGGAUCUUCAAGCCAGGGAAUCUUCCCAAAAGCAGCUGAAAGAUGAAGUUUUGAGAAUUGAAAAUGAUAUUAUGCAAGCUGUUGCUAAAGCUGGAAUAAACAAGGAUUGUGAACUGAGGAAACUAUUAGAUGAGGUUUCUCCAAAGAACUUUGAGAAGAUUAAUAAGCUUUUGAUUGUUAAAGAUGAAGAAAUAGAUAAACUGAAGGAUGAAAUCAAGAUAAUGUCUGCUCACUGGAAGCAUAAGACCAAGGAGUUGGAGUCACAGUUAGAGAAGCAACGGCGAGCUGAUCAAGAACUGAAAAAGAGAGUGUUGAAGUUGGAAUUCUGCCUCCAGGAAGCUCGUUCCCAGACACGAAAGCUCCAAAGGAUGGGAGAGCGAAGGGACAAAGCCCUAAAAGAACUCAGAGAUCAGUUGGCAGCAAAACAACAAAGUUCAUCUGUGGGUGCUGAGAAACAAAAUUUCUGGGAAACUUCAGGCUUCAAGAUCGUUGUUUCAAUGUCAAUGUUGAUCUUGGUGGUAUUUUCAAAGAGAUGAAAUCAUUUGCUAAGUUCGUGUAUAAAGAAUCUAAUACCUUUUAGUUUAUUUUGAGGGGUACUGAAGGAUGCAGAGGCCAUUUUCCAUGUAGAAAUGCUCAUUAUAAAGGCUCUUGUGUAUGAAAUUGUUAUAGUUGAGGGAUAUCUAUUUUCUACCAGCUAGGUUUGUUAGUAUAGGUCCGAGCAUGAUCGUGACCAACUGCUUGAAACUUUUGGCCAUUUCUAGCAUGUUGAUGGGGAGGUGGUGAAAUGUCAUUUAUUAUAUAAUUUGCAUCA